GAACGUAAACGUAUUUUAUCGUAUUGCCAUAUUCUCGAAUUACGGUGGUAACCGUUUAUAUUGUGUCCAAGUUGCUGGUGAUUAAAAUGUCCGACGAAGAAGAAUUAGUGUUUGCGAAGCGCCAGAAAACCAUUCAUUAUGGAUCGCUGGAAGAUUCCGAGCGGAUGCGUCAGUUGAAGGAUUCCGGUUCAGAUUUGUACGGCAGCGGCGGUGCCGGUGGAUCUGGUGAUAUCGGUCAGGUGUACAGUUCCAGUGAAUAUUUCGAUUUGGAGAAUGAGGUGUCCAAAGAUAAGGCAGCGUUGCUGGAGGAAUUCGAAAGGAAAAAAAAGGCGCGACAGAUUCACGUUAGUACCGAUGAUACGGAGGUGAAGAAGAAUUUGAGAGCCCUGAAUGAACCCAUUUGCUAUUUCGGAGAGGGUCCGGCUGAACGUCGAAUUCGUCUAAAGGAGCUACUGUCUGCAUUGGGUGAAAGUGCUAUUCCGCAAAAGAGUGUUAAAGAAGAAAAGCAGCAGUUGCAAAAGGAACAGGAGUCAACCUGGUACCACGAAGGACCAGAAUCACUGCGAAUUGCUAGGAUUUGGCUGGCAAACUAUUCCUUGCCGAGAGCAAAGGCGAGACUAGAGGAGGCUUCCGAACAAUUGAAAUUACCCAGUUCUACUAAAGCUGGACGAAUGGUUGAAUUACAAAAAAGAAUACAAUCGUUAGCUCCGCAAUGCAGUCAAGUUGGGGACGUUCGACCGAUAACGAAUUGCUGUUUUAAUUCGGAAUCAAACUUACUGCUUACUUCAAGUCUCAGCUCAAAGUGUAAGGUGUGGUCUGUACCGGAUUGUAAUCUCGUACAAACCCUAAGAGGUCAUCAGUUCUAUGUGAGCGCUAUCGCAUUCCGACCAGGCGUUUCAUCAGACUCAAAAGGCGAAGUUGCUAUGGCUUCUGGUUGUUACGACGGCACUGUAAAGCUGUGGUCAUUUGACAGUGAAGAAGCUAUCGCUGAUAUCAACGGACACGUACCGCAUCGGGUUUCACGUUUGGCUUUCCAUCCGUCCGGACGUUUUUUGGGAACUGCUUGCUACGAUUCAUCCUGGCGCCUGUGGGAUUUGGAACAGAAGCAGGAAGUUUUGCAUCAGGAAGGACAUGCCAAAGCCGUUCAUUGUAUUGCAUUCCAGAUCGAUGGCAGCGUUUGUGUGACCGGUGGUUUGGAUGCGUUCGGUCGAGUCUGGGAUCUCCGAACCGGUCGCUGCAUCAUGUUCCUCGAGGGGCACCUCAGUGCCAUAUACGGCGUAGAUUUCUCCCCCAAUGGGUACCACAUUGUGACCGGAUCGCAGGAUAAUUCCUGCAAAAUAUGGGAUCUGAGACGGCGCCAUCCGGUGUACACCAUCCCGGCACACCGGAAUUUGGUUUCGGACGUGAAGUAUCAGAAAAACGGUGGCCAUUUUCUGGUGACGGCCAGCUACGACAACACCGCUAAGAUUUGGUCCAACAAAACAUGGCAACCGUUGAAGACCCUGUCCGGUCACGAUAGUAAAAUUAUGAGUGUGGAUAUUUCACCAAAUUCGCAACACAUUGCUACUACUUCUUAUGAUCGUACGUUUAAACUGUGGAGCCCGGAAUGAUUGUAAUUCGAUAUCUUUUUUUAAUA